AUGGCCUCCUACGAUCCCUAUGACCGGGACUAUCCCCGCCAAUAUGUUCGCGAAGAGCGUCGAGAGGCUACCCGCGACAGGUUCCUCGACCCGCGCGACUUUCCCAAGACACACUCGCGCGAUCUAGUUCCCCGACAAGACAGCGACCUGUCCGUGGAAGAGAUUCGUCGCGACUUCCCGCCCCCUACUGGCAGAGACAUACGCCGCGCCCGCUCUGCUGGCCCCUGGGAGGAUGACUACGGUCGCCCUCGUGGCUACGGCGGCUACGACCGCUACGAUCCACGAUAUGACCACGAGCGAGACCGAGACUACGACCGCCGUCAUCGUCGUGGCCCCAGCAGCAGCGGCUACCAAGACGAAGAGCGCGCCAAGAAGGACAAGGCCAAGGCCAAGCAGGAAAAGAUCAUCGCAGCAGUCGCUGGCGCUGCUUUGCUCGUCGGUGGAAAAGAGCUAUAUGACCGCCACGAGGCCAAGGAAGGUGGCAGCGAUGUUCACCGAAACGCCCUCUCCUCAGCAGCGCUUGCUGGCUUUGGUGCUCUCGCCGGCUAUCAGGGCGCUGAGUACUACAGCAAGCAGCAGGCUAAAAAGGACGAGAAAGCCAAUCUCCUCCUUCACCGCGGCCGAGAUGGGCAGCUCAAUGACUACUACUCAGACGAAGAGGAUGGCAAAGAAAAGAAAUCCAACAAGAAUUUCCUUGAAAGCGCACUGGCUGCUACCGGCCUCGGCGCCGCUGUGAAGCAGUUUACAGGUGGUGGUGACGACAAGUCCCGUCGCGGCAGCCCCAACAGAUCCCGCGCCGGCUCCAAGGAGCGCAGCAGCGGAGGCAACAAGAUCCAAAAGGCUGCCAUGGCCUCUCUGCUUGCCGGUGCCACCGAGGCAUUCCGCGUGGCCAAGGAGCCUGGUGGUUGGCGAGGUGAAAAGGCCAAGCGCGUGUUUACCGCCGCAGCCGGUGCAGCCACUGUCGAUGCUGCGCAGGGCGGCGACAAGGGUACCCUUGGUCUCGCCGAGUCUGUCAUCGGUGGUCUAGUCGGCAACCGCCUCAUCAACGGCUCCAAGAGGGACAUUGAGGAAGACGAAAAGACGGGCCGCAGCCGAUCUCGAUCUCGGGCUCGUUCCAAGAGUGGUGGUGGCGGCCCCGGCGGAGCUGGUCUUGCUGCACUCGCAACGGCUGGUCUCGGCGCUCUCGGUGCCAAGAAGGUCCUUGAUCGCUCACGAUCUCGCAGCCGCAGCCGACGUGCGGAUUCCUACGAUUCCAGAGACGCAUCUCCCGAUCGUCGUCGACAGCGCAGCAGAAGCCGCAGCGUCGUCGACCGCGCCCGCAACAGCCUUGCCAGGCUCGGAAUCGGCAGUGCUGAUGCCGGCCCCGCCGACGACCACCGGCGUCGCGACCAAGACGACUUUGGCGAUGGGUACCGCCACCGGUCUCGGCGCCACUCGGACGACUACGACGACAGAGAUGGUCGAGAUAGCAGAGACGGCAGAGACGGCAGAGACGGCAGAGAUGGUAGAAGCGACAGAAACGGCAGAGACGAAAGAGACGACAGAGAUUACGCACGGGCACCCCGAGGUGGUCGGGAUCGGUCAGCUUCGCGGACCCGUCGCCGUGGAGGCCGUUCCGACUACGGAUCUGACACGGACCUGGGAGACUCGGACGACGAUGAGAGAAAGGCAAAGAAAAUGAGAGGUAAGCAAUUGAUCACUUCAGGUCUCGCUGGUGUCGCCACGAUCCACGCUGCACACGAGGUUUUUGAGAGUUGGGAAAAGCGUAAAGCCAGGCAAAAGGCCGUCAAAGAUGGCAAGUUGUCCAAAGUUGACGCCAAUAAGCUCAAGACAAAGGCUCUCGUCAAGGACGCAACGGCGAUUGGCAUUGCUGCGAUGGGCAUUCGAGGUGCCCUCAGCAACGUCAAGGAAGCCAAGGAGCUGCAGCACGAGUGUAAAGACUUUCAGAGUGAAAAGGCCCGUCGUCACGAGAGGCGAGAAAGGCGUCGUAAGCGCCAGGAAUUGGGGCCGCGCCGUCGAUCUGGCAGUCUUCCCACGCCACGAAAGCAAAGGUUGAUUGACUGGGACGACAAUAUUCCUCACUACGACGAUGAGUAUUACACGACGCAGCCUGCAGCUCCGGCGAUGCGGCAUCGCCCACUCUAA